AUGUCUGAAGCCAGUCAUGUACAAGAACCAGAAAGUAACGCUAGAGCUUUGAGUAUAAAUGAAGUUGAAGAGGAUGAGGGAAACCGUGAGUUCCUGUCAAAGGAUCAACUGCAUUACCGCAGCGCUCGAACCAAAGAGCUGGACAGCAUGCUGGGAGACCUACAUUGUGACACCUUGGAUCUGGAGAUGGUGGUAAUGAGGAAGCUUCAGGCCUCAGUGCUUCAGCGGAGCGACUCUUUGUAUAAGGUCAUGUCUCUGUGCGCAGAGCUGGACUGUCUCAUUGCUUUGGCUCAGGCUUCUCUGGAUCACGGCUACUGCUGUCCAACCCUGACAUCAAACCACAGGCUGGCCCUGAUUGAGUCACGUUGCGAUUAUACGCUGCAUUUUAUGCCGGACACCAUGGACAACAGCGACCUCCACCUGCUGGAUAGAGUCAUACAGGAGCUGAGUCCAAACGUCUUAAUAACAAGUGCAAAACAAGAGCAGAGCUUGCUCGAGUUUAUCGAAAAGCUUGAAUUAAAUCCUGAGUAUAAGCCUGAAAUAGUCAUGUUUCCAAAUGCAAACUUUGGUCUGGAGAUCAGCAGACAGCGACUCCUCUCAGCACACAUCCCAUCUCUCUCUCCCACCAUCACAGAGAGCGAGAAAAUCCCGUAUCUCUCCUCCUGUAUCCCAUUAGACUCAGUGCUGAUGAUGAGGUCAAUAGGAGGGCUGUUGAAGUGUCUGGAGAGGAGGAGAGUUGGCUUAGACAUGGAAGACAGCAGUAUGGGCGUCCCCAUAUUGCAGUUUUUGGCUUACACACUGAAAGAUGUUGUGUACAUCGACAAAGACACAUAUAGUGCCCUCCAGAUCUUUAAAUCUGAGCUGCAUCCUUCCGUCUUUAAGCUCCAGUUAGGAGAGAAAGAAGGAUUGAGUCUUUAUGGUGUUCUGAAUUGCUGUCGGAGCAAGUUUGGCUCUCUGCUUUUACGGCAGUGGUUCCACAGACCUACUCGAGAUCUGAACAUUCUGAAGAAGCGUCAGGAAGUGAUCCGUUUCUUCACAUCCCCUCGUAACUUUGCUGAUCUUAACACUUUGCAGAGUUCCCUGCGGAAUAUCAAGAACAUCUUGACGCUGCUGCAUAAAAUGUCUCUCGCUAACCCGAAGGUUGUCGUCUGGCAAAGUCUGUAUAAGACGGUGUAUAAUGCAUUGUGCAUUAGGGACACCAUUCGCUCCAUGCCCCAGUCCAUCCAACUCUUCAGUGAAAUCAGUCAAAACUUCACUGAUGAUCUUUUCUACAUCGCUACAUACAUCAGUAAAGUGGUGGACUUUGAAGGAAGUGUAGCUGAGAACCGAUUCACUGUCAGGCCAAAUGUCGAUCCUGUUAUUGACGAGAGUGAGUGGUUUUCCAUUGAUUUCUUCAGUUCUGAUGCAACAAUAACAAGUUCCUUGAACCACAGCACUGGGGAUUCUCUUGUUCUAGUGGAUGAGUUUGGUAAAGGAACCAACACUGUGGAUGGAUUGGCUCUCCUGACUGCAAGUCUCAAUAACUGGAUGCGUCGUGGGCCACAGUGUCCUCACUUACUUAUGUCGACAUGCUUCCACAGCCUCAUACAGCUGGGCUUGAUCUCUGAUUCUCCACUGCUGGAUUUACUGACUCUAGAGACAGCAAUAGAGGGAGAAGAGCUGGUGUUUUUGUACCAAGUGAAAAACGGCAUCUGCCAGUCGAGUUGUGCGGCUAAUAUCGCCACUCUGGCCGGCAUUCCCGAUGACCUGGUCAAGAGAGGAGUGGAGGUGUCAGAGUUAUACAGAACAGGAAGAACCAUCAGAAAGAUGAACAGCCCAUCUUCAGAUGAACAGUACAGCAGGUGUGUUGAGGUGGUGGAGAAAUUCCUCAGUAUUGAUCUGGAUGACCCUGAGCUGGAUCCCGAUUCUUACUUGAAAGAUGAGGUGCUCCCAACACUUGAAGAGCCUCCAUCCCUGCUCACUUUCUCUGCCAGAACAUUCUGCUCCAACUCUAUUGUCUUCUAUGAAAGAAAGCGAAAACAUGUUUGGAACGACAUGAGGGUGCGGUCCUUUGGCCAGGUGGCGGGAUGCGUAUCUCAUGCAUAUGAAUGA